UGUCUCUCUCUCCAAAUAAAAUGACAAGCGUGUUACAAGAAAUACCGCAUUUUACAAGAUUAAGUGAGAGAGUCGUCCGUAUUCUCGGUUUAAAUCCUGGUCACUUAACUUUGCAAGGAACAAAUACAUAUCUUAUUGGAACUGGCUCAAGUAAAAUUUUACUGGAUACUGGAGAGGGAAAACCCGAAUAUAUUCAUUUAUUAAUCGAUUCACUUAAAAAACUUGGAGAAAAUGUUAUUAUCUCCGAUAUAUUGAUUUCGCACUGGCAUUUUGAUCAUGUUGGAGGUAUCGAUAAUAUUCUACAAUAUGCAAGUGAAAAUAAUUUACCUUCACCCAUAGUGCACAAGAAACUCGAUCCUGAACAUGAUAAAUCUCAUCAUACAUUCCAGCAAGUAGAAAAUAAUCAAAUUUUCAAAACCGAUGGUGCAACUAUCCGUUCUAUUCUUACUCCUGGUCAUUCAGAAGAUCAUGUAGCUUUCUAUUUGGAGGAAGAGAACGCAAUUUUCACUGGUGACACUGUUCUAGGGCAAGGUACAGCUAAAUUUGAAAAUCUUGGCGAAUACAUAAAUUCAUUACAGAAAUUGAAACAAUUUUCUCCUGAUCGUUUAUAUCCUGGUCAUGGCCCAGUGGUUGAAAAUGGCACAGAAAAAUUAGAGGAGUAUAUUACUCAUCGUUUGAAACGAGAAGAAGAAAUAAUUGAAGUUUUAAAAAAGUCGGAAACUCCGUUAACACCAGGACAGAUUGUAGAAAUUAUCUAUGUUAAAUAUCCUAAACAUUUAUGGUCCGCAGCAGAACAUGGUAUAAUACUUCAUCUUAUUAAAUUAGAGAAUGAUGGACUAGUUAAGAAUAUAGAUAUUGAAAGUUCAAAAGGGAAAUGGACUAUUAUUAAUUCUAAAAUUUGAUUAUUUAAGAGACAAAUAUUAAGGUUAUCAUUGUCAUUACUCCUUAUUUUAAAACCAAUGCGAAAAUUGUGAAAAUUGUGAACUAUCUCUACCUACAUAAUCUCAGAAAGUUAUAACUAUAAUUUGCAAAGUUUCGUGUACGAGUUUUAAUCGAACUAGAAAAUAAAGUUAAUUCUUUAAAGAGAAGUAAAUUAUUUUAAAAUAAGUAAUCAAAAGAUUUUUCUUAUAGCAAAUCUUGAUCUAGUGAAAUUUUAUUUUAUUAAUGAAAGAAAAAAUAAUUGUUUAUAUUAUAUUAUAACUAU